AUGGAGGCUGGAAAAGACGCCCCUAACCCGGCGCCGGCGGCGACCAAGCCCAAGUCUGCCAAGCAGGAGAAAAAGGAAAAGGCCAAGGAAAAGGCUGCCGCGAAGGCGCAGGCAAAGCUGCAGCAACAACAGAAAGAACCUUCCGCCUCGAAGGCCGCCAAGGAGAAACCCGCCAAGGAGGUCCUCCCGGCAUGGGAGAAUAAGACCCCCGUUGGAGAGAAGAAGGAGCUAUACCCCCUCGACGACGAAGCGCACCCUCACUUCAAGGCUUACUCGCCCCAUGCUGUCGAGUCUGCUUGGUACUCUUGGUGGGAGAAGAGCGGCUUCUUCAAGCCUCAGGGCAACGCGACCACCCGAUCCGACAACACCUUCGUUAUCCCUCUUCCGCCUCCCAAUGUCACCGGAGCUCUUCACUGUGGCCACGCUCUUGCAAACUCCCUGCAGGAUACUCUUAUCCGCUGGCACCGCAUGAGAGGAUUCGAUACACUUUGGGUUCCAGGAUGCGAUCAUGCCGGUAUCUCCACGCAAUCCGUCGUCGAAAAGAUGCUCUGGCGUAAGGAGCACAAGACUCGUAUGGAUCUUGGCCGCGAGGCCUUCACAAAGCUUGUCUGGGAUUGGAAGGACGAGUAUCAUCAGAGAAUCAACAACGCCCAGAGGCUUAUGGGCGGCUCUAUGGACUGGUCCAGGGAGGCCUUUACUAUGGAUAAGAACCUUACCGCUGCCACGAUGGAGGCCUUCGUCCGUCUCCAUGAUGAGGGUCUCAUCUACCGAUCCAACCGCCUGGUCAACUGGUGCACUCAGCUCAACACCGCUCUCAGCGGUCUCGAGGUCGAGAACAAGGAGAUCACUGGCCGCACAAUGCUCUCUGUCCCUGGCUACGAGAAAAAGAUCGAGUUCGGUGUCCUAACGCACUUCCAAUACCCCCUCGAAGGCUCCCCUGAUGUCAAGAUAGAGGUCGCCACCACUCGACCCGAGACCAUGUUGGGUGAUACCGGUAUCGCUGUCCACCCCGAGGAUAAGCGAUACACGCACCUCGUUGGCAAGUUUGCUCGCCACCCCUUCACCAACCGACUCCUCAAAAUCGUUGCAGACGACUAUGUUGACCCGGAGUUCGGUACUGGUGCCGUCAAGCUUACCCCCGCUCACGACAACAACGAUUACGCGCUCGGCCAGCGACAUGGUCUCGAGUUCAUCAACAUCCUAAACGACGAUGGUACACUCAACGAGAACUGCGGCCAGUUCGCCGGCCAGCGCCGAUUUGAUGCCCGUUAUACCGUCGUUGAAGAGUUAACUAAGCUCGGUCUCUUCGUCAAGAAGGAGCCCAAUCCCAUGAAGAUUCCUCUUUGCGAGAAGUCCAAGGAUGUCAUCGAGCCCAUCAUGAAGCCUCAAUGGUGGAUGCGCAUGAAGGAGAUGGGAGCUGCUGCCCUCGAAGUUGUCGAGCAGGGCAAGAUUACCAUUGCCCCCGAGUCAGCCCGCAAGUCCUACACUCACUGGAUGUCCAACAUCAAUGACUGGUGCUUAUCCAGGCAGCUUUGGUGGGGCCACCGCAUUCCCGCGUGGAAGGUUACGUUGGAAGGAGAUGACCCUAAGAAGGGAGAAGAACGUUGGAUUGCUGCUAAAACCGAGGAUGAGGCCCGAUCAAAGGCCAAGGAGAAGUUUGGUACCGACAAGUUUACCAUUGAGCAGGACCAUGACUGUUUAGAUACUUGGUUCAGCAGCGGCCUAUGGCCCAUGGGUACUCUCGGCUGGCCCAACACUGAAAACCCCGACUUCAAGCGCUUCUUCCCUACCAGCAUCCUCGAGACCGGCUGGGAUAUUCUGUUCUUCUGGGUUGCGCGAAUGAUCAUGUUCUCCGUCAAGCUCACUGGAGAGGUUCCCUUCAAGGAGGUGUACUGCCACAGUCUCAUUCGUGAUUCUGAAGGCCGAAAGAUGAGCAAGUCCCUCGGCAAUGUCAUUGAUCCCCUAGACAUUAUCAACGGUAUCGAGCUCGAAGACCUUCAUGCCAAGCUCCUCCAGGGUAACCUUGCUGCCGAUGAGGUUGCCAAAGCUACUAAGUACCAGAAGACUGCCUUCCCCAGUGGUAUCCCCGAGUGCGGCGCGGAUGCUCUGAGGUAUACUCUUCUCUCCUACUGUACAGGAGGUGGUGACAUUAGCUUCGACAUCAAAGUCAUGCAUGGCUAUCGCCGAUUCUGCAACAAGAUCUGGCAGGCUAGCAAGUAUGUCCUCCUCAAGCUGCCGCCGGACUUCAAGCGGGCCAAGGAGCUCGACGCCUCUAAGCUGUCACUUCCUGAGAGGUGGAUUCUUCACCGGAUGAACACCGCUGUGAGGGAGGCUAACCGCGCCCUCACCGCGCGUGAAUUUUCAAAGAGUACCCAAGUUACUUAUCAAUUCUUCUACGAUGAGCUUUGCGACGUCUUCAUCGAGAACAGCAAGGCCUUGUUGAAUGAUGGAGAUGCGGAAUCGAAGAACCGUGUCCUCCAGACUCUUGUUACUGUCCUCGACACCUCGCUACGCCUCCUGCACCCCUUCCUUCCUUUCAUUACGGAGGAGCUGUGGCAGCGUGUUCCUCGCCUCGAGGGCAACACGAUCCCUUCGAUUAUGCUCGCGCCUUACCCCGAGUAUGACGAGAAGCUCAACUUUGAGUCUGAUGCCGUGGACUACGAAAUCGGCCUGAAGUGCGCCCAGGGUAUGCGCUCACUUGCCUCCGAAUACGGCAUUCGCACCGGCGGACGCGUCUUCGUCAAGGCGACGACACCCGAGAGCUUUGAGAAGGCCCAGGCCCAGCAGCACUCGAUGCAGGCCCUUUCCGGAAAGACUAUUGCCGAGGUCAACGUUGUUGGACCGGGUGGCGAGACUCCUCAAGGUUGCGCCGUCUCCGUCGUGUCAUCUGACCUGAUUGUCCUGCUUGACGUUGCCGAGCGCAUUACGGAUGUCGAUGCUGAGAUCAAGAAGGUCCGCACAAAGCUUCAGAAGAGCCAAGGAGCGGCGCAGAAGCAGAAGGAGCUUCUUGGUCGUGAGGGCUUUGACGACAAGGUCAGCGAGGUUGUCAAGACACAGGAGCUGAAGAAGCUUUCUGAUGCUUUGGCGGCGGCGGAGAACUACGAGAAGACAAUUGCCGAGUUUGAGAAGUUGAAGAUUUCGUCUGCAUAA